AUGGACAACCUAGCACCAGUUACCAACAUUAACCCCGGCGAACUGCCGGAUGGAUUUACAGCUGGUGGUGCAGGUGGUGCUGGUGGAGCACCGGAUGCCGCCGCGUUGAAGAAGCUUCAGAUGGACGAGCAGAAAGCAGCAAUCCUGGAGCAAGCAUUAUCACAAGAAGCUCUGGCGCGGCUAGGCAGAAUCAAGUUGGUCAAGCCGGACAAAGCCAAGAAAGUGGAACAACAAAUCAUGGCCAUGGCCAUGAAGGGUCAACUACCGGGGAAAAUUAACGAACCCAAAUUGGUGGAACUGUUGGAACGAGGGGAAGCAUCCCAGGCGGCACCCUCGGAACGAAUCAGCAUUCAACGAAAGAAAUACGCUUUUGAUGAGGAUUCGGAUGACGACAACGACGAUGAUUUGCUAUAG